AUGGGUGACAAGCGCAAGCUCGUUCAAGAUGAGGUUGUGGAGCCUGAGGGCAAGAAGAUGAAGAAGGAGAAGAAGGACAAGAAGGAGAAGAAGGAAAAGAAGGAAAAGAGCAAGUCCCGCGACGAGUCUGAGGAUGUCACUGUCGAGGCCCCGGCACAGGACGAAGUGAAGAGCGAUAAGAAGGAGAAGAAGGAGAAGAAGGACAAGAAGGACAAGAAGGAGAAGAAGGAAAAGAAGGAGAAGAAGGAAAAGAAAGAGAAGAAAGACAAGACCAGCGCCGAAGAGCCUGCUGCUACUUCCGAAGACGCUAUGGACGUUGAUGAGGCUCCCGCCAAGGAAGAGAAGAAGGAAAAGAAGGACAAGAAGGAGAAGAAGGAGAAGAAGGAGAAGAAGGAGAAGAAGGAGAAGAAGGAGAAGAAGGAAAAGAAAGAGAAGAAGGAAAAGACCGAGGAAAAGUCCACAGAGGAGCCCGCAGCUGAAGAAGCUCAGGCCGAAGAAGCAACCGAAGAGACCGAACAGUCCCAGAAGGCCUCUCGCUUCAUCUGCUUCGUCGGCAACCUCCCCUACUCCGCCAACCACGAGUCAUUGACCAAGCACUUCGAAAAGAACCCCCCAGCCACAAUCCGCGUCGCAACAAGAAAAGAAGACCCCAAGAAGUGCCGCGGCUUUGCCUUCAUCGAGUUUGACAACUACGACCGCAUGAAGACCUGCCUCAAGCUGUACCACCACUCCAACUUCGACGACGGAAAGUACCCUCCUCGCCGCAUGAACGUCGAGCUGACUGCCGGCGGUGGUGGCGCCAACUCCGAGCACCGCAAGGCUAAGAUCCAGGCCAAGAACGAGAAGCUGAACGACGAGCGCUCACGUCAGGCCAAGGAGAUCAAGAAGGACAAGAAGAAGUACGAGAGCAAGCCUGCUGCCGAUGAUGCCAACGCUGUUGAGAUUCCCGCUGCUGAUGAUAAGUGGGCUGGAAUCCACCCUAGCCGCAGAGGCCGUCUCUGA